AACCUGUUCAAGCCAUCACUUUAUCACUGACGCGACGCAGUAAACGCGUCCUGUCCGCUCCGUCGCGUCCAUUGACUCCAUUCCUGGCCACUUUCUUUGACAGUAAUGGCCGUGUAGUGAUUUUGUCGCCUCUAGUGUAAAUGGGGGUGUGAGAGAAGUUUAAAGCGGAAGUUGAACUUGACUUGAGCGCGUCCGUCUCUGUAUUCUCAUUCAUGCGUUUGGUGCUCGGACCCCUGCGUGUCAAACAGCCGGCGUUGUCUCGACGCGUUUAUGAAGUUGCUGUGGUGUAAAUAAAUCCGAUCGAGACAGAUGAGCUCUUUUUACGACGAUAAGGCUGCGUUAGGACUGGCUGAGGAGCUCGAUCAGGUGCACUGUCAGGAUGAGCUGGAGUUUGACUAUCUUUUUGAGUAUGGAAGCACAACGGGACUUCAAGAUGAGCAAAGCAUCUCCUCGCACAAAGACCUCAUCUCUCCUCCCAGCCUCUCCUAUCCUGUGGAGGAAGCUCAACCGUACGGCAUCAAGCCGUGUGCGGCUUCCUUCGCCGAACUCAGCGCCGAAGGUCUCUCAGGCUACGCUCAACUGGAGCCCAAGAGCUUCCUGGAGAACGCCAGACCCAACAGCCAAGCCCUGAGCCCCCGGAUCGAGAUCACACCCUCCCGAGAGCACUAUAGUCAUGGUCGAGAUUCGCUCCAGAACCAUCUGGUGAACAUCAGCCCCAGUCCCGGUCUCACCGUGCCCGGUCACGACCCUUUGGCCUACAGGGAGCCGCAGUGCUUGAGUCCCGCCAGCAGCAACUCAUCCACCUCCUGGCAUUCGGAGAAUCUCUCGCCCUGGGCUUCCCCUUGCGUUUCGCCCAGCAACAGCCAAGCGGCUGGAGAACUUUGCCCACGUCUCCAAGGCGUCCACACAGGUUCCCCUCGAACCAGUCCGGGAACUUCUCCGCGAAGCAGCCUGGCCGAGGACGGCUUCGUGGGGCCGCGCUCUCCUUCGCCCCGGCACGGCUCGCGCUCCACCUCCCCUCUAUGCAAACGCACCUACGACAUGUACAGAAACCUGGUGCCGGUGGCCCGUUCGCGCAGCCCGUCACCCCACAGUGGCCAUGAAGAGCAUCACGCCCCCCAUUACGGCUCCAAUAACAUCUCAGGGGUCAUGAAUGGGUUCGGCAUCGCCCAAGCUAGUUCCAUUCCUACCAAAAUCGUGAAGACCAACCAGCAGGCCUACCCGCUUUACCCAGAGAACCACACUGAGAGUUACCUGGUGUCAUGUGACCAGGAUAUGAAGACUAAACCUGGACCUGAACCGUUCUUCGUAAUCCCUCAAAUCUGGCCUAAACAGCUGGUGCCGGGAAUAUGCAGCAUCCCCGUGGCUUCUCUGCCGCCGCUGGAGUGGCCUCUGCCCACUCGCACCGAUCAGUAUGAGCUCUACAUCGAGGUGCAGCCCAAACCACACCACAGGGCUCAUUAUGAGACCGAGGGCAGCCGCGGGGCAGUCAAAGCCCCUACUGGAGGUCACCCGGUGGUCCAGUUACGUGGAUACCGAGGCAAAGAGCCGCUGGGAUUGCAGAUUUUCAUUGGCACGGCAGACGAGCGCAUCCUGAAGCCUCACGCUUUCUAUCAGGUCCAUCGCAUUACCGGCAAAACCGUCACCACCACCAGCUACGAGAAGAUCAUCAGCAGCACCAAAGUCCUGGAGAUUCCUCUUGAGCCAAAGAACAACAUGAAAGCAAUAAUCGAUUGCGCCGGGAUUCUCAAGCUUCGCAAUGCCGACAUCGAGCUGCGAAAAGGAGAGACGGACAUCGGGCGGAAAAACACACGUGUUCGAUUGGUUUUCCGUGUUCAUAUUCCCCAGCAUGGAGGCCAACAUGUGUCUCUGCAAGUUGCUUCGCAUCCCAUCGAAUGCUCCCAGAGGUCUGCCCACGAGCUGCCCAUGGUAGAAAAGCAGGACAUGGACGCCUGCUCGGUUCUCGGAGGCCAGCAGAUGAUUCUCACUGGCCAGAACUUCAGCGCAGAUUCAAAGGUGAUCUUCAUGGAGAAGACUCAUGAUGGGCAGCAAAUUUGGGAAUUGGAAGCCACAGUUGACAAAGACAAAAGUCAGGCAAGCAUGCUGUUCAUUGAAGUGCCUCCGUAUAGAGACCCAUCCAUUUGCAAUCCUGCCAAAGUCAACUUUUACGUAAUAAAUGGGAAACGGAAGCGCAGUCAACCGCAGCAUUUCACCUACACGCCUCUACCAGUUCCAUCCAUUAAGACCGAGCCAGUGGAUGAAUAUGAAUCUGGUCGGAUGGGUUAUUCCAUGUCGCAGAUGCUGGGGGUGUCUCCCCAGCAGUACUAUAACCCUCGAGGGGUCAUCACCCCAGAGAGCGGCCUGGUGCCUGGCCUUGUCCCCUGUCAACAGGCCCGCGUGGGUGUCUCCCCUCCGGACCACCGAUUUCAGCAGCAGAGUCCAGCCAUAAUGUACUCCCGUCCUGGAAAGAGCUUGUCAAGCAGUCCUAUUUACUCUCAGACGGGGGCUACUAUGAUCCCAGACUCCCAUCGAUCAGUUCUGGUCCACACGGGUUCCCCAGCCCAGUCCUCUCACCUGGCUGGCCAGCAUCCUUCCAACCAGCAUCCCUCAAUCAUCCAAUUCUCUCCCACCAACCACCACCUGCUCAGAGGAGAAGAUCCUCCCGCGCCACCACCCCCAGAACAUCAGCACAUCAUUUAUUGUGAGGGCUACAAUCAGCAUGGUCCUCAAGCCACAGGGGCAAACCGUUCACCAGCACCAGCCCAGGCACCUCCGCAGCCUCAGAAUUACCCCACUGUCAUCCAACAACAGCCCUUCCUCCAGAGAGUGGCCAAAGACAGGUCACCUCCCGUCCAAGUAGAGCCCCAGAGAUGUUCCUCGACGGAAGAACAGAGAACCAGCGCUCCUGGACGAGUCACAGUCAAGCAGGAGAACUUGGACCAGGCCUACCUUGAUGAUGUGAAUGAGAUCAUAAGGAAGGAUCUGACAGGAGUGCCUGGCAGGGGUCAGACAUAGAGGAAACCCCUGAUCGGGAGGCACGCGGGACCCCUGGAGUGUCCUGCCUUCAGUGCCACACGUGAGAGCAGCAGAGAUGCCUCGGCCCGGUCAAGCGUCACCCCUGACAAAAACUGGAUCAUGGACCACAUUUAACCAAACAUCCAUCUCAACCAGCUCCAGGAACAGCAGCGUGUUGAUGUGCAAAUGGUAUUGAAUUUCCCUGCUAUUAUUUGACUUUUGAAACUCGUCCAAUGUUGAUCUCAUAUGUCAAAGUUGUCAGAGCCUUCAUAAACAGUUUGGAUUGGA